GCUAAUUAGUCAUAAAUCUUAAUAAUAAAAAUGCUAAUGAAUAUAAUUAUUGAUAUUAGUUUUAAUUAGAAUAACGCGUGUUAUAUGUCUAUAAUCAGAAGUCCCCCAAGUAAACAGUAUUUAUGAAUAUGAUUGCCAAUUCGCUUAAAAAUUACUUAAAAUGUCGACAGAUUCAAAUAAAUUUUCAUAGAUUUUCAGCAGUAUUACUCGAUGGAAAGCGAAUUUCUAAACAAGUUCAAAAUGAAAUCAAAGCAAAACUUGAUUAUCGACAGAAAAAUGGUUUAAAAGUACCACAAUUAACUGUAAUUCAAGUUGGAAAUAACGCAGCUAGCGAAACAUAUAUUAAGAAUAAGUUAGCCGCAGCAAAAUACGUAGGAAUUGAUUCUAAAGUAAUUAAUUUUAACGAAAACGUUUCCGAAAAAGAUUUAAUUUCGUGUAUUAAAGAUUUAAACACGGAUGCAAACGUUAAUGGAAUUCUGGUCCAAUUACCUUUACCGAAUCAUAUCGACAAAAAAUUAAUUUGUAAUAUAAUUAAUCCCAAUAAGGAUGUUGAUGGUUUUCAUUACCAAAAUGCGGGAAAAAUGUUUUACGAUAUAGAAAAUUCGAUUAAAGCUUGUACACCACUUGCGGUUGUUGAAAUUUUAAAAAGAUCCAACAUCCAAACACUGGGGAAAACAGCCGUGGUUUGUGGCCGAUCGAAAAAUGUAGGGCUACCAAUUGCUUUACUACUACAAGCGGAUAGUAAAAAAACAAAAUGGGGCUUAGACGCCACAGUUAGUAUAUGUAAUCGAAAUACAUCACGAUCCCAGCUAAGUGAUUUAUGUAAAUUAGCCGAUAUUAUAAUAUCGGCAACGGGUGUUCCAAAUUUAAUAACAGCGGAUAUAGUUAAACCUGGAGCUUGUAUUAUUGAUGUUGGAAUUACUCGAAUACAAAACGAAAAUGGCACUUUUAAGCUUGUAGGAGAUGUCAAUUUCGAAGGGGUUUCGAAAGUGGCAGGCCAUAUUACACCAGUUCCUGGGGGUGUUGGACCCAUGACUGUGGCUAUGUUGAUGCAAAAUGUACUUAAUACAGUUGAAAGUUGAUUUAUUUCAGUAUUAAAAUUUUUUAACGUUUUAAGAUAA